GAAAAUGUUCAUUAAUGGUUGUAAAGUGGAUAAAGAUUUCUAUCAAAAUGGUGCCAAGUAUUGGAAGAAUGUGGAUCCCACCGUGGACGGGAUGCUCGGUGGUUUCGCUCACAUCUCAUCGAUUGAUAUAAAGGGUUCCAAGAGAUUUUUGAGUCAAUUCAUUGAGCCUUUACAAUCACCGAAUAAGAAAAAGAAAGUAAUCAAGAACGAUUAUCAAGUGCCCGUUGAAAAUGAGAGACGGGCUUUGGAUUGUGGUGCUGGGAUUGGAAGGGUUACCAAAAAUUUAUUGCUCGAUUAUUUUCACAAAGUUGAUCUUCUUGAUGUUAAUCAAUCGUUUCUCAAUGAGGCUCGUCAACAUAUUGGUCCAGAUAUUUACGAUCAAAGAAUCGGUCAAGCGUUUUGUUCAUCGCUACAUCAAUUUAAUCCUUCAGAUGAUUUAAAGUAUGAUCUCAUUUGGUGCCAAUGGGUAACUGGACAUUUAACUGAUGACCAUUUAGUUGACUUUCUUCAUAAAUGUCAACAAAUUUUAAAACCUGAUGGGUUAAUUAUAAUCAAGGAUAAUCAUACAUCUUCCGAUCAAAUUGAUGAUGAUAUGAAUGAUAGUUCAGUUACCAGGCCACAUUGGUUAUAUUUGGACCUUUUCAUCAAAAGUGGACUUAAAUUGGUGUGUGAAAAGCGUCAAUAUCAAUUUCCAAAAGGUUUAUAUCCCGUUAAAAUGUACGCGUUGAAAUCUUGUCCCAGUGAACAAUUAAUUAGCCAGAAAAAUUAAAAACUAAUUGAAUUAACAGAUGACCGACUGAAUGAAAACAUGACCAUUGAUAAAAUUUUUGUUCACAAAAUCAAACUUGAAAAUGAUUCAAAGUAAAUUCUAAUUGUUGUGAAUCAAUUGA